AGUAACCAUGAUUCUGAAUUCACUCACUUUUCAGGCUUUUAUGCGAAAAGGAAAGUGAGUUGAUAAGAAAUUUUAAGAAAGAGGAAAAAAUAUUGUUAACAAAAAAGUGAAACUUAAUUAUAAUUAUUGAUAAUAAACAAUAACAAUCACAGUUGACAAGAGUAACCGACAAUGUUGACUAUGGAUUGAUUCAGUUCGUCAUUAGUUGACAAACCAGUGAAAAAAAAGUCCAUAAUGUUUACUGUUGACUGUUAAACGAAAAAUUUAAUGUGUUAAGAACAACAUUUUUUUCCAUUCUCUUGGUUAAACAAUUAACAGGAAUUUACCUUUGUAAUUAAGUUACAGUUGCGUGUUCACAUUGUUAUUUCAUUUAAAAUGUUUGUCUGAGUGAUUAGGUCGAACAGGGUAAAAGUGACGAUAAGAACCGAGAGAAUAAAAAAAGAGAAAAGAAAAUAGUUAAUCAUAAGUUGAAAAUUUUGUUCUCUUCAUUUCAACUUUUGUUCAUCUUUCAACGGUUUUAACCCUUAUUACCCAACUUGUGAUAAUUUAUAUAAACAUAUAUUUAAUAUAUUGUUAUCAGUGUCAUCAGUGUCAUCGGCAACAUUAAUUUUGUCUAUCAACAGCAAACCCAUUUUGGUAACAACAACGUCAAACUGUCUCUGUCUUUUGUCUGGUUUUGUGACAAGUUAACAAACAAAAGUGAAAAUAGUAGAUAGACAUUUUUUAUUCUACAUUUUUCUUUGGACCCUUUCAAUUGAACAACAUCGCAAUGGUUUCCUCGUCAAGUGAUCCUUAUAAUGCCCGAAGACAUUUUUGUUCAAUAUCUUCGUCAAGUGUAACAAAAUCUUCGGCAAAACAACAAUCACCUGUACCCUCACGUUCCUUGGCUUUUGAUAAAAGUGACCAGAGUUUUGCUUCCAAUGGUAAAGGAAAGGUUACUUCGUCUUACCAUCAUUCUGGUUUACGGAAGCUUUCAGCAGUCAGAAGAUGUUCAACUAAAUUGCUAUCCCCAUCAUCGUCAUUAUUAAAAUCAUCAACUCUAUCAAAGUCUUUCAAUGGCAAAUCAAUUAAUUCUCCAAUCCCAAUUGGAACAACAUUACCAACAACAAAAACAUCUCUACUUUCAACCUUAACAUCAUUCUCAUCUCUUAAUAAUAUUUAUUGUUAUUCUUAUUACUCUCUAUUAACCUUUAUGUUGAUACUUUCAUCUUUUACAAUCUCGUCAACCUCAGCUCUUCCCUCAGUUAAUUCAACCAGCCAGGAACCAGUAAUUGUUUCACCCGGAGAUGAAGCUUACAUUGAAUGUACAGUAACCAAUCUAGAUGAAAACACUGUCCUUUGGAAAUCAAUUAAUCCUGUUAAGGAAAGUGAUAAUGGUAUUUUACUAACAGCGGGUAAAGUUCGAGUCACAUCUGAUCCAAGGUUUUCAGUUAUCCAUCGUCCAGACGGUAAUUUGUGGAUUCUUAAAAUUGAGAAAGUUUACCCAAGUGAUUCAGGAAUUUAUGUUUGUGAAGUAAAUUCAGAGCCACGAGUUAGGGUUGCUCGAUUAUUGAAUGUAUCACCAUUUGAUGGUUCAACUUCAGCAACAUCUUCUGGAUCAUCCGGUAAUACCACUGCAUCACCAGGAAGAAGUUUUGCUGAUGUUGAUCACAAUUAUACUGAUUGCUGCAUUGAGGAAGGUGUUCCGUCCAUGUGUCAUGGUUUCUGUCAAUUUCGUGGCCUCAUAUCAAACCGUGACCCUCCACAAGUCAUUCAUCGGUGCAUCUCCUUUUUACCUUCAAUAGCUAAAUGUCUUGCCGAUGGACGUAACCACAUGCCUUGCUGUAAAAGACAAUCCAUUCCAUCCGUUUGCCAGCCCGUUUGCGUGGGUAACUUUACUUUGACCACAGUGACUGAUCAUUUUGCUUGCAUGGAUUAUGCGGCACCACUCUUAGCUUGUAUUGCUGAAGGCGUUCUUACCUUACCACCUCAACCUAAAGAAGUUUCAGCUGAGCCAGCAAGUCCAACCGAGAUAUUGAUUAAAUGGUCUAAACCAUCUGCCAAGCAACAAACACUUGUGGAUUGGUAUCAAAUUAAUAUAACACAACUUCACUCUUUUGAUGAACUCGGUGUCACCGAAUCAGCUUCAAAUGAUGGGUCAACAAGUGAUGCUGAUUCAACGUCAUCUCCACCACCACCUUUGUACGGACUUCGUAUAACAACCAAAAUCAAUGGAACUCUUGAUGAAUUUAAAGCCACUAAUUUAAAACCUUUCACCAUGUAUGAAAUAACCAUGUUAGCCAUUAACAAAUUUGGCACUAGUCUACCUUCAGCAACCGUAAGAACUUUAACGCUAAGUCCAGCCAAAAGUAAAGAUAAGGAGCCAUCGAAACCAGCUAGACCAGCACCUGAAUUACCUGACAUUAAAAAAUGUUGUGUUGAUAAUGGGCUUGUGCUUGACCGGUGUGUUGACAUUUUAUGUGAUCCAGUUCGUGCUGAUGAAGCAACAAUUACUGACAUCAUGAUUUGCGCUCCAUGGGCUAAUAUAACUUUCAAAUGUAUGGCUUCUGGAAUUGAUCACACCGACUGUUGUAGAGAACGGGGUGUCUCAUCUACUUGUCUACCUUUCUGUGAAGGUACCGUUAAACGCUUAGAUUUCCGUCAUUUCGUUUGUCUCGAUCACAUGUCAUCUUAUUCAAAUUGUAUCCUCGAUUUCCAUGGAGUCUUGUCAAGUCCACCAAGUGAUUUUGCUGUUGCCUCGGUUCACCAUGAUUGGGCUGUGCUCAAAUGGUCCCCACCAAAGAGAUUAGGUGAAACUAUUUUGAAAUACAAUAUUCACUGGCGAGAGUCGUCUAAAGACGAAGUUACCAAUUACAAUGUUUCAAUAGCUAAGUCGUCACCUUAUUUGUUAGAUGGUCUUAAACCUGGUUCAAGGUAUGAAGUUUAUGUUUCAGCAGAAAAUAAAUAUGGUGCUAGUCGUGGAUCAAGUCGAGUUAUAUUCUCAACACCGCCAAUAGAGGAACCUGAACCUGAAGAAGAAAUACCCAAAGCUUACAAUGAAACUGCAUGUUGUGCUCGAGCAGGAAUGAAAUCAUCUUGUUUACCACUUUGUAAUUAUCAAAUGAAAGUCUCUGAUGUACUUGCACUAGCUCCUACUUGUACAGAGUCAAUUUCCACCUUAGUUCGUUGUGGUGCUGGUGGUCGUAAUCAUAUACCUUGUUGUAGACGUCGUGGAGUCGCUUUAGGUUGCCUUAAUUUAUGUGCUGGACUCGUUGAUGCUCCACCACUCUUACUUGCCUCUCGAUGUGCAGAAGAUUUGGGAUCAAUAAUUCAGUGUAUGGAAGAAGGAUCAGAAAUAAUUCCACCAAUGCCAACAGAUUUCCAUACGGUCUCAGUUAAUCGUACCUCAGUUCAUGUAGCUUGGGAUAUGACUCCUGAACAUAAGAUGGAUCAUCUUAAAUAUCAAGUUCGUUAUGUUAAAACAGAUAUGGCAGCUCCUUUGCACCCAUUGGAACACACUUCAUCUGUUAAUAUUACUGGAACAACUGAAACCAUUAUCAAAGGAUUAGAACCUGAUUCAGUUUACUCUAUGUAUGUUGUUGCUCUAAAUGAUUUUGGAAUUUCUUUGCCAUCACUUGUUUUGUUGAUCAACACUACUGAUGAGACUCACCCAGGUGCAUCUGGUUUACCUAAAUCAGCUACAGUUGGUCCUCCUCAUGAUAUUGAAGUUUUGUUACAAACUGUUGAUUCAUUAACCUUCAAAUGGUUACCUCCGUUGUACAUUCAACCUGAUCGAACUGUUAGUUAUAUUGUUUACUAUCGAGCUGUUAAUGGUACGGAAGUUGAAUUGUUACCUAAGGCAACUGAAAAAUGGAUUCGAGUAGAAACUAAUUAUAAUUCAAUGAUUAUCACAAAUUUAACUUAUAAUACACAAUACGCCAUCGGAAUACAAUCAAAAACCGAUCGAAAUGAAACCUCGGCUCUCAGUGAAAUAGUACUUGUUUGGACUGAUCCUGCAAUUCCUGCAUCAGUCAAUUUACCUCUAAUUAUUCCUGCUGGGCCUGUUGUCGAAGGAACAAAUAUCACAAUUUUGUGUGUUGCUAUGGGAACACCAAUGCCAGUCUUAUCCCUUUACGUAAAUGGACAAUUAAAACGACGUGAGGAACGUCGACAUAUCUCUUUCCAAUUAGCUAAUGUUGAUCGUAAUCUAUCUUCAAUCGGUUGUUAUGCUGCAAAUGGCUUCGGAAAAGAUGCUCAAUCAGCCCAAUCAACUAUUCAGGUUCUUGUUAGAUUCAAACCUAAAGCUGUGGCUACUCCAUCAAGUGCAUCCGCAUAUGAGUCUGGAACCGCCAAGCUUCAAUGUGAAGUAAUGGGUAACCCACAACCAAGAGUUUAUUGGUACAGAGAGUCAAAGAAUCAUGUUCAAGUCAUUCAAGAUGCAAAUACUGUUUUCAUUCAAACUCCACAUAUCAUGCAACCAUUUACCUGGAUAUCAACGCUGUUAAUUAAACAUUCAUCCAAGGCUCAUGCUGGCAACUAUUUAUGUUCAGCUGAAAAUGACUAUGGUCAGAGUCAAGCAACCAUUUCUCUUCAGAUUAAUGACAGUAAACCAAAUGCAACAAGUGCAUUAGCCUGUUGUAAGGAACAAGGAGUUUCCAAGGAAUGUCUUCCAGCCUGUACAUUUGAUGUUGAUAUUGAAUCAGCUAAAAAGAUACCCCAAUGUAUCUUUGAUUUAGAUAAAUUAAUGGCCUGUGCAGCAGAUGGAAGUGACCAUCGUCAAUGUUGUAAACGUAAAAAUGUCCCAUUGGCUUGUCUCCGUUGGUGCGCUGGUUUGAGAGUUCCUGCUCCUUGGCCUUGUUUGAUCUCAUCAUCUACUGAUAUCGUUUCAUGUUUCGAGGAGGGUAAAGUACUUCUCCCGGGUCCACCUCGAGAUGUUCGAGUUCAAAAAGUAAUUGACUCAAACAGAGUUAUCGUUAAAUGGGAUGAACCAGAAAAGAACCCGGAAUUAGUCCAAUACUACAGAAUUCUUUGGAGACCAAUUGGUUCAAGAGAUCUUAUUCGUAAUCAAACAACUCAGCCCUUCUUUGAAUUGGAAGGUCUUGAUUCUACAAAGAUGUAUGAAUUUGUAGUUAAAGCAGGCAAUCAUCAUGGGCUCUCAGUUUUCACUGACCCAGUAGUUAUAUCAAUGAGGGAAUCGGUGGAAGCAUCAAUUGGAAAUCGACUGUUGAAAAUAUUCUUCUCCUUUGCUCUAUUCGCUGUUUUCAUGGUACUCCUUAUUGGCGGUAUACUUUAUGGAUACAAAAAUCAUUAUUUAAAGCGUAAACCAUCGGGAAGCGGAGUUUCCUUUGAAAAUCCUUCUUACAUGAAAGACGGUGGAACAGUGCAGAUUCAUGAUAAUGGCAAUAAUUCCCAUGUCAAUGGAAAUGGAACUAUGGUUGACAAUAAUCGCAACAAAAGUCAAAUAGAAACGCCAAGCUAAUCGUUUCUUUUGCCACCUACUCUUUUCCACACCUUUGAGAAAUGUUGAAUAGAUGCAACACAGUAUAAUUAAAAAGUCAAAAGAUGAAGACAAGGACUGCGGAGACAAUGUUGAAAAAUCAUUGUGAAUUUUCAACAGAAUUGAGAUAAUAAAUGAUUUUUGAGAGACAAAAGUGACGUUGCAAAAGUAUGGCGUGGUGAAAACAAUCAAAAUAAUGAAUAAACCCUAAAUGAUUGUUCCUUAAAAGUGUUGGACUAUUCCAUAAAUUAAAAAACACUGCUCAAGGUUUUUUGCUAACAAAGAUAGUUUCUAUCUGUGGGCAAGUUAAUUAUGAAAAAAGACAAAAAUGUAAUGAAAAAUACGCUUUAGCGACUGUGAUUGACUGUUUACAGUUAUCCUAACAUGUUGAUUGUAAAUAAAAAAUUUAUUUCCACCAA